GCCCCGCGCGGGAGGAGGAGGAGGAGGAGGAGGAGGAUGAAGGAGAUGAAGCAGCGGAGGAAGAAGGAGCGCACGUGGGCCGAGGCCGCCCGCCUGGUGCUGGAAAAUUACUCUGAUGCUCCUAUGACCCCCAAGCAGAUUCUGCAGGUCAUAGAGUCUGAAGGACUGAAGGAAAUGAGUGGCACCUCUCCCCUUGCCUGCCUCAAUGCCAUGCUGCACUCCAACUCCAGGGGAGGGGAUGGGCUCUUCUACAAACUGCCCGGACGCAUCAGCCUCUUCACCCUCAAGAAGGAUGCCUUGCAGUGGUCCCGGAAUCUCUCUGUGCCAGAAGGGGAGGAGCUGGAGGAUACAGCAGAUGCAGAGAGCUGCGAGUCCAAUGAAGCCAGCACUGUGAGUGGUGAUAAUGAUGUGUCUCUUGAUGAAACCUCCUCUAACGCCUCCUGCUCCACUGAAUCUCAGAGCAAGGGACCUCCUGCUACCAGGGAGAGCCACAGAGCUGCCUCCCAGACAACCAAACAAAAGAAAAAGACUGGGGUGAUGUUGCCACGUGUGGUCUUAACACCGCUGAAAGUGAACGGGGCACACAUGGAGUCUGCCUCUGGCUUCACGGGAAGGCACGCUGAUGGGGAGAGCAGCAGCACAUCCAGCAGCAGCAGCAGCUCCUUGGCGCUGUGCAAAGCCACCUUGCGCAGUCGAACAGAAAUAAACAGGGAUCCCCCACAGCUGCUCAGAGGCAUCCGGAAGCCUGCACCUGGGCAAAUGAAACGAAACCGGGGUGAGGACAUUGACUUUGAAACACCUGGGUCCAUCCUGGUCAACACAAACCUGCGAGCUCUGAUCAACUCCAGAACCUUCAACGCGCUCCCGUCGCACUUCCAGCAGCAGCUCCUCUACCUGCUCCCCGAGGUGGACAGACAGGUGGGGGCUGACGGGCUGAUGCGUCUCAGUGGCAGCGCCCUGAACAACGAGUUCUUCACCCACGCUGCGCAGAGCUGGAGGGAGCGACUGGCUGAUGGUGAAUUCACCCAUGAGAUGCAAGUUCGAAUUCGGCAGGAGAUGGAAAAGGAAAAGAGAGUGGAGCAAUGGAAAGAGAAGUUCUUUGAGGACUACUAUGGACAAAAGUUGGGCCUGACCCAAGAAGAAUCCCAGGAGCAGAAUUUGGUGCAAGAAGAUGCAGAGAACAGGACAGGAGUGUCUGUUAAAGGAGAGGCCAGGCUGCCCCGUGGCCCCUCCACGCGGCAGAGGGACGGGCGCUUCAGGAAACGCUCCCGGGCUGACCUGCGCUGCAGAGCCAGGAGGAGCCUCUACAAACUGCGUGAGCCUGAGCAAACAGAGGCUCCCAAAGAGCCUGCUUCAGUGGGACCAGAUUCCUCUCUCCAUAAAGAGUCAAAGCCUGAGACAGACCUGAAGAAAGAUGAGGUGACCGGCCCUUCGGCUGCUGGGCUGAAGCCGGAGAGUUCAGACUCGCACCUCUCUGCAGAGACUUCCAAACCACACAGUAAAUCAGAAGAUCCAUCGUUGGCAACUGCAAACAGAAUUCCCAGUUUGCCCCAGGAGAGCUCUGCUCAGGAGCCCAAGGACCAGAAGAGGAAAUGCUUUGAGGAGGCUGCCUCUGCCUCCUUCCCCGAAAAGAAGCCCCGGCUUGAAGAUCGUCAGUCCUUUCGUAACACAAUUGAAAGUGUUCACCCAGAAAAGCCACAGCCUACUAAAGAGGAGCCAAAAGUCCCACCCAUCCGGAUUCAACUUUCACGUAUUAAACCACCCUGGGUGGUUAAAGGUCAGCCCACUUACCAGAUAUGCCCCAGAAUCAUCCCCAACACGGAGCCCUCCAGCCGGGGCCGGGCCGGGGCCAGAACCCUCGCAGACAUCAAAGCCCGAGCUCUGCAGGCCCGAGCCCAGCGAGAAGCUGCCACAGCAGCCAUCGGAGGAGGGGGUGGCCCAGGUGGAGGGAGAAGCAGGGAUGAAGGAGGUGGUGGUGGAGGAGGAGGAUCCCGCAGCCGCACCGAGCACAGGAGAUCCAAGAGAACCCGUGGGAAGCGCCCGUCAGAUCUGCAGCGAGCACAACUACUGCCGCCCCCCUGUCUGAAGGGAGAGAGGGCUGAGGAGGUGAACACGAGUCCCUUCUGCUCUGCCAGAGAAGGCCCCUUGUCCUCACAGAGAGAGGAAAGCGGUGGUGUGGAGUGUGCUGCAGGCUCAGGAGGAGCUCAGCCUGGCGAUGGUUGCCCUGGCAGGCAGCUCUGUGAGGCUUGGACUGGGUCAGCCUUGGGAAACGCAGCUCCUGAGAGGCAGGAGGAGAGUCCUGAGCAGCAGCUCCUCUCUGAGCCACGGACCCAGCCCCCUCCUUGUGCUGCACCUCAGGAGAGGCAGAGUCUGAAGCUGAAGUGUCUGGUCCCUCCAGAGAGCAGUCUGUCCCGUUGGCAGGGACCUGCUGUUGGUGCCAUGGGAGAUGGGGCUGUGUCAGCACCUGGAGAUGUCCCUUCUCCCCCCGUGCAGCUGGAUUGUCACUCAGACACAAAGGAGAAUUCCCCCAGUUGUCCCCCUCUGCUGCCAGAAGUGUCACCAGCCAUUAAAGAGCCAGAGAUGGUGAUGAGCUUUAGAUUUAAUGGCUCUGAGACAUUUGUGGAAAAACGUGUGGCUGAUGGCAGCAACUCCAAGGCAGUGAGUGGUGGAGCAGAGAGCGUGGCCCCUGCCCUGUGUAACUGCUCCCACCCCCGGGCAGAGAGCUCCAGUGAUGGCAAAGCAGGUGGUGAGGAGGAGCAGGACACAGGGGACCUGGUGAAACCCUCGUCACAGGAUGACUUCAGAUCUCAGAGCAGGAUAGAUACCUCUGAAAAACUCCUGCAGCUGCAGGAGUGGUGCCCCAGAACAGCACCAGAAGGUGCACAUCAGGCACUGGGAGAGACUGGAGAGUCGCAGAGAAAUGGAGAUGCUGAAGUUCAGAGCACACACAGUGAAACAACAGAGACUGCCUCAGACUUUGAAGGUGAUGUGGCUGAUGAGAGUGUGGAGAUGGAUUUGUGUUUCAGGAGCGUCAGCUGCAGGGAGGUGGCUGGAAAAGAGUCCUCCUGUCCCAGCAGCUCAGAGAGAGGUGACAGGAUCAGAUCCCAGUCCUCUGGGGAAUCAGAUGGUCUGGCCCGUGGUGUGGACUUCCCUGCCAUGGCAGCAGUGGGUGCUGGGCCUCCAGCCCGGGGCUGGGCACCACGGGCACCAUCGCCCCAGAAGCCUGAGCAGCAGAGGGGUGCUGCCCGGCCCACGUCCUCAGUUGAAACCAACAACCCUUUGGUGAUGCAGCUGCUUAAGGGGAGCCUCCCCCUGGAAGAAGUUCUCCCAGUAUCUCACGCCAGCAUCAAGCUGGAGGUUACACAGCCAGUGCUGGACAAGCAGCCAGAAAGUCACUCCCUGGAACUGGAUAGAGGCAGCAGUUGCUAUUUUGGCAAAGGAUCUUCUCCAGAUGUAGGGAUAAAGAGGAGUGUCCUAAGUCAGAGCGAUGACUUCCACUCAGUGACAUCUUCCAUAGGUCCCCAGGGAAUGCUGUGUGGAUCAGGGGCAGCACUGCCCAGUGCAGAGGAUGUGGAGGAUCAGUCUGCUCCAGAAAAACAUUCCAAAGUUGGCUUGGCUUUCAGUCGCCAAGACCAACUGGUAAAUGUGGCAAGUGCCUCUCAGAACCCUGAAGACUCGGGCCCUCGUGAAAGAACAUUCUCUUCCUGUAGUUUUGAGGAGCAAAAGGAAUUGUCCAAGGUCCAUCAGGUGCCACAGCACAACCCAGUGACAAGUGUCAUUGCAAAUAAAAGUCCAGAGAAGCGGAACGCCUCGACGGAGCCUCGUGUCAUACCUCCUGCUGUCACCUCUCUUGGUCCAAAUCAGACAGGAGGUAUAUCAGCCAACAAAAACCAUGGAGUUCAAGGCAAAAAACUCUUUGGUUCUGGGUUCCCUCGCAACCCCAGUCUGCGACUGCAUCACUCCAGGGCUCUGGAUCCAGUGUCAGCCAUGGGAACUUUGUCCCCCAGCAAACGGGUGCCCCUGGUCAAGAGCCGUGCACCAGGAGAGGGAAUGCCAGCUGCAAGGGAGGAAUGGACUUCAAAGCAGCAGGGAGACACCCUGGGAGGAAUUAAGAAUGGGAACGUGUUGGGGUGUGGCAGCCUGGCCAAGAGCAACGUGGAGAACCUGAAGGAUGCGGCACAGAACCCCACGGAGCCAUCCGAGCACUCACAGAGUGUCCCACUGGGGAUGGACUUGCCAUUUUUUAAGUUGUCAAGGGAACCAGGAAAAGGACACAAUCACCCUUUGGAGCCUUCCUCCAUACCCUCCCAGCUCAAUAUCAAGCAAGCGUUUUAUGGGAAGCUUUCUAAGCUGCAGCUUAAUUCCAGCAGCUUUAAUUAUUCAUCCAACACUCCAGCUUUUCCCAGAAGCCUUGCUGGAAGUGUGAUGCAGCUAACCCACAAAGCGAACUUUGCUGCCAACCACAACACCUCCCUCUCUGUGCAGAUGUUUGCUGACAGCAGCAGUGUUGAUGAGAUCUCAUUCAAGUGCUCGUGCAGCCUCAAAGCCAUGAUCAUGUGUAAGGGCUGCGGGGCCUUCUGUCACGACGACUGUAUAGGACCCUCUAAGCUUUGUGUAUUGUGCCUUGUGGUGAGAUAAUAAAUUCUGGCCAUGGGACAGAGUGUACCUUCAGUGUGUGUAUUUUGGUAACGACUGAUCCUCAAACCUGUACACAAGAUGCUCUCCUGGUUAUAGUAGAAGUGCUGCCACACUUUGUUCUGGUGAGGAAAAGUUGACUUCCCUUCCCACGGAAACCUCCAGUGCAAACCCCUCCCUUGCUCACGGUUCCGCUCCCGCCGGAGCCAUCCUCCUGCUUUGUGCCAUCCUGGAAAUGCUGGUUGUGCUCUGGUCCACGUGCUGAGGCUGGCACCAGAGGCAGUUUGCUGUGGGCAAUCCCUGGACCCUCCGUUGAGGAAACCUUGACAUCCAAAGGAACUGGAACGGGGUGUGUUCCAUUUCAGGGCUGCGCUAGGUGAGGCCCGACAGUCUUCCACUCUCCCCUCCUGCCAUCUCCAUUCCUGGUUUGUGUGGGAAGUCUGGCUGUGCAGCAAGGCUGAGCGUGGAGCCCUGAUGGUCCUCUGGGGCCUGUGGAUGCUGCAGCAGGAGCUGGUGAUGCUCCCUCGGCAGGGUGGAUGGAUGGAGCCCACUGGAGAGGGAAAAAAGAAAAAAAGUGUCAGGUGCCAACCAAAUGCCUUCUGCUGGUCUGCAGGACAAUGUGUGGCCCCAGGGACUGUGUGCCUGGCCGAGCUCUCGUCCAGCUGCCAUCACUUGCCUCUUGGCUGACUUGUCACCAGCCCCUGCAGAAGGCUGGGGGCUCUUAGAGCUCCUUGCUGCAGCCUGUGACCUCCGUGCUGCAGCCCGGCGAGAAGGACCUCAACACGACCACAUCUGACCAAGCGUCCAGCUGGGCAUCUGUGUGACCAUCAUCUAACACUUAAAGCAGUAUUUCUUCCUAUUUGUUUUGGGGGUUUUUUUUGUUUGAUUUUUUUUUAUAUUUUCAUUCUUGGAUGUAUAAAGUGAAUUAUUUGGCUCCUGUAAGUAUCCUCUAUGCAUCUGUUGGAUCAUGUAUUUAUAUGUUGUACACAGUACUGGCCAACUCUGUAAAUGGAUGUAAUGUACAUAGAACAUAAAGGGUUCUUUUUUUUUUUUUUUUUUUUUGUUUUUCUCUCCCCUUCCUUGGAUUUCCAGGCUCUACAGCAGUGUUGCAUUAAAGUGGUGUUAGUUACUGACCUGCAGCUGUAGUCAGAGCCACUGUCCGGUCCUGCCUGACGUGAGGCUCAAGGUGUCCCUGGGCUCUGCCCGUGGCGAUGGGUUUGCUGUGACCCUGCUGCUCCUCCAGGCCACUGCUGUUCUGCUGGAGCUGUGAGAAGAUGAACAUCCUUGUGCAUCCAGGGCUGGGGAGCAGAACCAUGGUUCUUCCUCUUUGGAGCAAUCACUGAGCCAGAGUGAGUUGCUGCAGCGGGAGGAGAGAUGGAUGGUGUCACCGGAGCAGCCGGUACAGCAGUUGUAGGGGGUUUCUUUUUUAUUUUCUCUUGUCCCUUUUCUAGCUCUCUCCUACCUCCCUUCACCAUGCACUUUUCCUUUUUAACCGUACAAGUCCCUGUGUGAGAUGCAAGCCUGAGGGAUGCAACAAGUUUAAUCUCUGACAUGGUUUAUCCUUCCUGCACCCCACAGCCUCGUGCUGGGGGAAGGAGCCAGAGCCCAGGACCUGCUUACCAAAGAUCAGGAGCAGAGCUGGGGUCCGGCUCUGCCUCCUCUGGGGCCACUGUCGUGUACAGUUUGAAGAGGUCUGGUUUGCAGAGCCCUCGGGGGGGCCCUGCUCGUGUAUGUCCCUUGUGGUAUUGGAAAAAUAAACACGCGGUAAAACCUGCA